CCUAGGCUCUCUCCUCUUCUUUUUCUCUCUCUAUAGUUCCAUAAUGCAAGAGCCAGCAACCAGUUCUCUUCCAUCCAGCAGCGAGAGAUCCUCCAGCUCUGGCCCCCAAAUGGACUUCAGGGAAGGAAUGGAGGGUGAUGAGGAGGAAGUCCGACGAGUGCCAGAAUUUGGUGGGGAGAUACCAGGAACUUCAGCCACUGGCCAAGAAGCCGAUUCACUCGCCGAACCGGAUCUAGCCCAGACUUCAACCCAAACCAGCCAACGUAAAAGAGGGAGGAGCCCUGCAGACAAGGAGCACAAGCGCCUCAAAAGGUUGCUGAGAAACAGAGUGUCAGCUCAGCAGGCGAGGGAGAGGAAGAAGGCUUAUAUGAAUGAUUUGGAGGCUAAAGUGAAGGAUUUGGAAACAAAAAACUCUGAGCUGGAGGAGAGGUUGUCCAUCCUCCAGAAUGAAAACCAGAUGCUCAGACAAAUAUUGAAGAACACAACCCGUCAAUCAGAGAAAAACUAGCAACAGAAUUAAUGAGAAGGCUGGUCCAGUAAAAUCGAAGAAAUGGAAAAGAAUGUUGGAUUGGAGAUGAAUUAUACUCACCAUUUUCAAUUCAAACAGGCUAAUCCAUAGAUUAUGAUUGUCUUUUUUUCUUUAUAGCUGUUGUUUGUAUCUUACCAUGUCAAUGAAGAGAAAUAAAUAAAUAAAAAAAAAAAGAAAGACACCGGUUUUGUGUGAA